AUGGAGCCGCAGACGCUGUGCUACUCGUGCGAGUACUGCAAGGGCGGCUUCCUGCACCAGCUGUACCAGCAAUACUCCCUGCUCAAGUUCGUCUCACUAGGCGCGUCCGUGGCGGCCCUCGUGCUCUACCUCAUGGCCUGCUGCGCCGCAUUCACAGGCCUCGACGAUGACCUCGACGCCAAAGAAGCUGAUGCUGCCGCCGCUGCCGCCGCCGCUGCUGCUGCUGCUGCUGCUAUGACUGGUAAGCUGCAGAAGAGCGGAACCAUGAGCCGCGUGAACACCUUCACCGUGGCCCCGGGGCAGUUUGAACGGGUUCUGUCGACCAGGGUAGGUGACCAAGGGGUUGGGAUGGGGUUGAAUGGAGGCGUGGGAGCAGCAGCAGCAGUGACGCAGUAUGAGCGGUCGCUAACGCAUGUGGAUAAGUCUCCAGGGGCGCUGGAUCGAUCUCUCACGGAACUCGAGAAAAGAGGGGGGAGACGGGCGAGUUACGGAGGAGAAACUAGAAUGCGGGAGGACAUGCGUAGCCGAGAAGGCACGCGCCGGAAGGGCGCGAUGGGGAGGCGGAAGAAGGAGGCCGCGACGCUGAGCGCCGCGUUCCACGCUUGCGAGUUCGCCAUCGCUCUCGGCGUCAUUGCCGCCGCGCUGUGGGCCAUGAUGAGCACACCGGCGAGCCUAUGUCUGCUGGUGUAUCAGACGCCCAUGAUGGUGGGGGGCGGCCUGCUGCUGCUAGCGGCACUGGUGGGGCUGCAGGGCGUGGCGUGCGGCCAUGGCGGGUUCAAGUGUCUGCACGUCUUCCUCGCUAUCCUCGCCCUUCUCGCCCUCCUCGCCUUCUCCAUCUUUGCGUUUGUGGUGACGGCAGGAGGGGCAGCAAGCAGCAGCCGCGGUCAGACAGUGUACGAGCCAGCCGGCUUCUCCGCUUGGAUGCAGCAGCAGCUGGGCUCCUGGUCCUCGUUACAAGCAUGCCUCACUAACACCGUGCACGUCUGCUCCGACCUCCGCCUGUACACCCGUGACAAGCUGCAAGGGAAGCAGAUCUCGCCUCUAGAGGGAACCAAACACCUGCCUCUCCUCCGCCCUUCUCCCCACCACCUCUCUCUCCUCCCCUCUCCCACCCCAUGCUACCAGGCUGGUUGCUGCCUACCUCCCGAGGGCUGCCCAGUCAACCUCCCUCAGAACACAAUCUACUCCUUCGCCUUCGCCGUCCCCACCACACCCACCGUUACCACACCCGCCAACCCAACCUCCUCCUCCGCCUGUAGCGCCUUCAGCAUCGACCCCACAGUUCUCUGCUACAGCUGCUCGCUCUGCCAGGGCGGCCUGCUAGCCCUCCUCCAGAGCAACUUCAAGGUGCAGGCAUACGUGGGCACGGCAGCGGCGGGACUACUGCUGCUGCUGGGGCUUGCCAUGUGCUGCGCCUCGUGCAACGGUGCGGAGCCUGAGGGACUGAGUGAGUCCGAUGGCAUCGCGCUGGCCCGAGCACCCACAUUUGUGAUGGUGGAGCCGUCACUCGAAAGGACACUGUCCCGGGUGAACACUGGGGUAGGGGGAGCAGGGGGAGCGAACUUCAAACGGACCAACACUAUGGCCAGUGCUGCUGGGGGUGGGGGAGGGGGAGGGGCGCGGUUUGACCGUACGUUGAGCCGUGGUGGGGGGGAGAAGGGGCCGCAGAAUGGGCCGGGGAGUGCGAGCUUCCAGCGCAGUCUGACUUUCCAGAGCAUGGCGAGCGCUGAGUACAAGCGACAGAUGAGCAUGGCUGGUGGGAAUGGAAAUGGGAAUGGGAAUGUGGGGUAUGCAGAGGGAGGAAGGGAGGAAGAAUGGGAGGUUCGGGAUGUGGAGGACAGGUAUGAGGAUGAGGGGGGGGAUAGGCGGACGUACCAGCGGCAGCGGAGCAAGGUGGGUGGUGGGGAGAGAGGUUAUGAUGAGGUGGAGGGAGAGGAGGAGUAUGAUGAGCAGAGGGAGUCGAGACAGAGGAGUCGGGCGCGGCAGAGCAAUAGGUCGGUGGGAGGGGAGGAGGACGAUGACAGGUUGGUUCGUAACACGACGUGGGGGUCGAGUCAGAACCCGAAACGCACCCCUCCGGAUGGGGGUGAGGCGCGGACGCCUCGUGGGGGGAGACGAGGGGGAAGGGCGGCGCGAGGGGGUUCUAUGAGCCAAGGGCGGUCGGGACAUCAGAGAAGCACGACGUGGGGGGAUGAUGAAGACCCGGAGCAAGGGCGGGGGCAAGUGAGGAGGGUGGAGGUAGGCGUGAGUACCCCAAAGAGGAAACAGAAGCCGAGGAAUCAAGAAGUAUACGAGGAUGAUGGCCAAUAUAAUGAAGAUUACGACGAUAUGUACUAUUAA